UGUGAGAGAUGUCCACGUGUCACAAUGAAUCUCCGCCACAUGUCACCGAUAUCAAGAGUUUAGGGUUCUAUGCGAAAAACUCGAGAGAGAGGCCUGUGCACAGCUAGGGAUCGCAUUUUUGGGGCGGAUUCGAGCUCUCAGGGAGGUAAAUACGAUAGAAGUUGCUCCAGCGGCGCCAGGAAGGAGCUAGAUCAGGCGGUAGCAAGGCUCGAGUCGGAGAGAUCUGCGGCUAGCCGCGACAGCUACGAGCAGCUCUUGAGGCAAUGCGGCAGCUCCAAAUCCCUGCUCCAUGGGAGGCGUGUCCACUCCCACAUUGCCACUGUGGGGAAAUCCCUUCUCGGCCCUUGUCUCCAGAACGCGCUGGUCCAAAUGUAUGGCAAAUGCGGCAGCAUGAAGGAGGCGCUCGCGGUUUUUUCCACCAUAGCCAGGAAGAACACGUACUCGUACAACAUUCUCAUCUCCGCGGCUGCCAGGAACGGCCUCUACAGGGAAGCUCUCGACGCAUUCGAGCGCAUGAAAAGAGAAGGGAUUCCUCGCGACAAGUUCACGUACGCGGAUGUGAUCACCGCCUGCUGCUCCCUCAAGGAUCUGGCUAGAGGCCGAGCUGUUCACGCUGGCCUCCUCGUCUCCGGCAUCCAGCCGGAUGAUUUCCUCCGCGUGGCUUUGCUCAACAUGUACGCCAAGCUCGGGAGCUUGGGCGAGGCCACCCGGAUCUUCCACUCCAUGCCAACGGACAACGUCGUCGCCUGGAACGUGAUGAUCGCGGCAUUCUCACAGAGCGAUCAGCCAUCCUUGGCGCUCGAGUUCUACUGGAAGAUGCUGGCCGGGGGCACAAGGCCGGACUUUUGCACGCUCAUCAGCACCCUGAGCGCCGUGUCGUGCUUGAGGCGUCUCUCGCAUGGCCGCGCGAUCCACGACUCGAUCCAGGCGCACGGCUAUUGCUCGGACGUGAUCCUGGACACCGCGCUCGUCGACAUGUAUGGAAAAUGUGGCAGCCUCGACGACGCGAGGAUGGUUUUCGACAAGAUGCCCGCGAGAGACAUCGUCACCUGGAAUGCGAUGAUCGCAGCUUACUCCCAGCACGGCCAAGGGGACAAAGCUUUCGAGCUGUACGCGGAGAUGGAGCCGCAGGGAUUCAAGCCGGAGCUCGUCACACUCGUCAACCUCCUCACCGCGAGCUGCUGCUUGGGCGAUUUGAGCCGGGGGAAAGCAAUCCAUUCCCGGAUAAUCGAUGACAAGCUGGAGCUCACGCUCGUUGCCGAGAACGCCAUCGUCAACAUGUACGCCAAGUGUGGAAGCCUCGCGCAGGCGAAGCUCGCGUUCGAUGGGAUGAUCCACCCGAGGGACGUGAUCAGCUGGAACGCGAUCAUAGCUGGGAAUGCCGAGAACGGUGGCACCGAGACCUCGCUCCAGCUCGCCAAGGACAUGGUUCACGACGGCGUGGCGCCCGACGCGACGACUUUCACCUGCGUGCUGCUGUGCUGCAGCCAUGGAGGGCAGCUGGACCAAGGUAGGAGCUACUUCCUCUCCAUGGUUUCGGAUUUCCAGCUCUCACCAUCGUCUGCGCAUUACCAGAGCCUGAUCGAUCUGCUGGGACGGGCCGGGCGGCUCGAGGAAGCGGAGGAGCUUAUGAGCGUGAUGCCAUACCAGCCAGGAGUUGCGGGAGUGCGAGCUUACCUGGGGGCCUGCCGGACGCACUUUGACGAGGAGAGAGGAUCGUCUGCUGGAGAGCUCGCCUGGGAGAUGUACCCCGACGAUCCCUCCAGCUACGUCCUCACGUCAAACAUCGUUCGCCACACCGCGAAGUAAAACUCUGGAUAUCAUCUCGACAGCUCUUCCUGGUGGCGAUGAAAGUGGUCAUCGACUAUGGCAUCAAGUAGCGGUUCCACAAGCCCUCCGGAAUCGCUAUCUAGCAAAGCGCUCAUUGCCACAGACUUGUGGGGAGCCGUGUCAUACAUCUCCUUGGCAUGCGUUGCCCAGCCAUGGCUAACCAGAGCUCCUAUCCAAACAACGUACGCCGCAUUGCCGUGGAGAGGCAUCAGCCGAAACGCAUCGCUCGCUUCGUCCACAAGUCCAUUGCGAGCGUAGCCACGCAGCAGCACUAUCCACAAGAUCGAGUUUCGCUCACGGGUGCUGUCAAAGACCAUCUUUGCCUGUUCCAUGGCGCCCGCCUUCGCAUAAGUAUCAACCAUAGCCGCCAACUUUGCAGUAGCGUGUGUCCGCGGUAUGUUUUCCAGGACGCUAGUGUCCCACUCGGGCAUCUUGGCGAAAACGUUUCGGGCAUCUUCGUCCUGCCCGGCUCUCGCCAGAGCCGCGAGGAUCGUGUUCCAGGACACCACAUCCCUCUUCCCUUCCAUCCUCUCGAAGCAAUCCAUGGCUUCCCGGACGCGGCCACACUUGGAGUAGCAACUCAGGAGCGCGUUCCACGCGACAGUGUUGACUUCUCGCGAUGGGAUCCGAUCGAACGCCGCCUUUGCAUCCUCGGGCUUGCACUGCUCGGCAUAGCUUCCAAUCAUAGCUAAUCCCUCUUCCUUGGUGUUCUUGAGCGAAAUAUUUAUGCCAGAGCCAUAGAGAAUUUUACUUACCA